AGAGCUCGCGGAGCUCCCGCGGCUCCAUGAGCGCCUACCCCGAGCUGCAGCUGCCCUCGCCGCGCUCGUCGCUGCUGGGGCCCGGCCUGCCGGAGGACGGCGCCGUGCCCGAGCUGGCGGACGCGUACCACCGCAUCCAUGCCCAGUCCCCGCCGCGGCACGAGCAGCAGCACCCGGCCGGCGCCCCCGAGCCGCCCCCCUACGCCUACAGCCCGACCAAAGGCUCCGCUUCGGCGCCCAAAUUCAAGCUCCCGUACCAGGUGACGCCGUGCCGGGAGAGCGGCCCCAGCCAGGCGGAGAGGCGGCUGGAGGCGCUGACGCUGGAGCUGGAGAAGGAGCUGGAGAUGCACAUGAAGAAGGAGUACUUCGGUAUUUGUAUAAAAUGUGGAAAAGGUGUGUAUGGAGCGAGCCAGGCUUGCCAGGCAAUGGGUAACCUCUAUCAUACCAACUGCUUCACGUGCUGCUCUUGUGGGAGAAGACUACGAGGAAAAGCCUUCUACAAUGUCAAUGGCAAGGUGUACUGUGAAGAAGACUUCCUAUAUUCGGGUUUUCAGCAAACUGCAGACAAGUGCUUUGUUUGUGGACACCUCAUAAUGGAAAUGAUCUUACAGGCCCUUGGAAAGUCCUACCAUCCUGGCUGCUUCCGCUGUGUGGUGUGUAACGAGUGUUUGGAUGGAGUCCCCUUCACUGUAGAUGUGGAAAACAAUAUUUACUGUGUCAAAGACUACCAUACGGUUUUUGCACCAAAAUGUGCUUCCUGUAACCAGCCGAUCCUCCCAGCACAGGGCUCCGAGGAGACCAUCCGGGUGGUGUCCAUGGACAAGGAUUACCACGUGGAGUGCUACCACUGCGAGGACUGUGGCUUGCAGCUCAAUGAUGAGGAAGGCCAUCGCUGUUACCCCUUAGAGGGCCACUUGCUCUGCCACAGCUGUCACAUCAGGCGCCUCAAUAUCAAACUGCCAUCACAUCCACCUCCAAGCUACCCCAUGCAUGUCACAGAACUCUGAAAGACAUUUCCAUCAUCAAUAAGCCGUUUGAAAGAGAAGACAAAAAUCUAAAAAUUACUUUCGUGUUCCUUUAAAGACGAGGUUCCAGUAAUAACCAUCUAAACCAGCUAUUUAUUUUUUGAAUCAGAGGUGAGGGGUCCUUUUCUGAUCUUGUACAUAUGCAUUCUUUUAUCUAGACAUUUUCACUGAGACACCGUCUACUUGAAUAAACAAUUCACUACUUAACUGUAACUGUAAAUGGCAGCAUUUCUAAAAACAAUGGUACAAAGGGCUGUUCUGCACUCCCUACUCACUGCAGUGGAGAUUUCACCCAAGUAAGGAGUGUAGAAUUACUUUCCAAAAGUUAGCACCUUAUCAUAUUGCAGCAAGCAUGAUAAGAUAAAUGCUAGCAUUUUAGCUAGUUUUGUUGAAUUCUGGUCUUAGAGAAUACUUAAAUUCCAGAAGUAGAGAAUAGGCAGCAAGCAGGUGUUUUAGCCAGGGCAGUUUUCAGCGAGGUUAAAGAAGGGUGUUCUGUGAAGAAGUGUCAGGCCAGCUCUCCAUCCUACAGGGUCCCACAGUCAUCCAAAGACAAAUUAUUUCAUUUGUUUUCAAGAAAUACAGCAAGCAUUUGAUGUAAAACCCAUGGUGCAGAGGAUUGUGUCCAAAAGAUUGGCAUGUGCAGGGUCAGCAGUUGCAGCCCUCUGUAAUUGCUGGCUCUGUAGCCAUGGCUUCAAAAUGCAUUCCUAUCAACUGGACCAUUUGGCACUUACUAAAGAAUUCAUCUUUCAAACCUGUUUUUUGUUCAACAGGGUUCUAUGCAAGAGUACACUUGUCUUUAUACUGCUUGUUUUAUCCAAGACUUCACUUGUUACCAACUGCUUCAUGAUUGUAUGUUGAGACAUUAUUAAAGAGAGGCACAGUGGUUUGGUAUUACCUUUUCAGCUUUGUGUUCUUUUCAAGAUUAGUUUUGAACUGAUUAUGGUGAUUGUCUUCACUGGAAAACAAAGGGCAGCAUGGCAGGAAUAGUAAUUUAGGAAGUCAGACCACGAAACAUCGGUGUUUACAACAAGUAUUAGCUGUACAUAGAAUGUACACACUUCCAUGUUUUGCAUAAGCUUUUACAGUACCCUCAGACCUCUGGGGAGAAAUAUAUGUCUUCCAUAUAGGAAGUUAGAUGAAUCUUUUUUUAUGGUUUGUUUUCUACCAUGUGCUGAUGUUUUACAUGCAAAUCACAGAUCUGUAUGUCAAAAAAAUUCCUUGCAUUCUCAUGAGAAUUGACCCAGCCUUCCUGAAGCUGCAAUUUAUCAUUGCUGUCUUUAACUGUAUUCAAAGUUACAAUAAAAUAAAAUCCUUCAGCUCCAGAGGAAGUAGAAAUAGCAGACCAGAUUCAUGGCAUGUGUAAACUGGGACAUUUCCAUGCCAGUUCUCAACACUUGAGAAUCUGCCCGAUCCGUUCGGAAAUGAUCCCGUGUUAAAUUCAGCAUGCAGACUGAUGGGAUGACUUAUUUGGCAACACCAUUGCAGUUUAGUUUCUUAUGCUCCAUUGACUUUUUGAAAGCCAUUUGUGGUGCUCUUGAAAAGCACAAAGAGCAUCCAAUGGCCACUAAUUCCUAAGUGGAAUAAUUAACUCCCUUAACAGAACUUUUUGAUAGUCUGGAAUUUCCUUAUGGGGAAAGGUGGGGGCAGGGGAACAGGAAAAAUUCCUGAGAACUGUUUUUUUCUGUUAGUAAGGAAUAAAAGGGAUGCUUCCUGAACUUCUGCCAGACUUCCAUUGGCCUAGAUUAACCUGUCCUACUGAAGGUUCCUGGGCAAAGUCAUUUUGUAGUUAAUAUAUAUCAGUUUGUAAUUCACUUGUUUAAUGUGCAUGCCAGAAUUUGAAGGAACUACAGUGCAAUCAGUGCCCCAUUUCUGCACUGUGGUCCAAGAGGCCUGGCCUGCAAAUGGGAGGCCAGGAGUGCACGUGCACUUCUGCAUUUGCAGACACUCCCUCUGUGCCCACAGUCAGCAGCCCAGCCUCAGGAGGAAGUGGAACUACAUGUGCCAGCAAAUGUUGGAGAAAGGGGAAAAAAAGUCUUGAACUGGAUUGUAUGACUCAGAUUAAUUCAGAUUAAUACAGAUGUGGAGGGUGCCAGAGCUUCAGGAUAACCUUUUAGCAUCAGCUGCAAUGGAAUGCUUUUUCCAUUGUGGGAGUGUGCUUUGGACCACAUUUGGCUUUGAGGCAUUUUCACUUACAUAUCUUUACAAUAUAUAUUAAGCGACCCAGAUUAAAAGAAGAUCAUUGAAAUUCAUAGAGAAGGUUUGGGUCUGUUCCUGGGGACAAACAACAGUUACUUGCUGAACUGGAAAAAUGCUUUGCUCUACCAGUAGGGAAGCAAAACCUUCCCACUGACAGUGGACAGAGCUGGAGGUGACUUAUUCUGGCAAUCAGCCCAGUCCUCAGCCAGCACCUUCCUGGACACUUGCCUCCAUCAGGGGCAGGUUUAAGUUUCCAACAUUCUUUCAAGGGCCAGUACACUUUCAAACAUGUACAUAGCA